ACUGGAUGAGGUCAGAGCAUCACUGUCGUACGCCGAGAUUCUCAUCAUUGAUGAAAUCUCAAUGGUUUCCAAAGAGCUGUUUGCCUACAUUCACUGGAGGUUUCAGCAGAUAAAAGGAAACAGGAAACCAUUUGGAGGGAUCUCGGUCCUUGCUGUAGGCGACUUUUACCAACUGCCACCCCUCGGUAAAGCCAAGCCACUCUGCGUGUAUGAGGAGAACGAGUUUGAUCUGUGGAGGGAUUACUUUGAAAUGGUCAACCUCACAGAAAUUAUGCGUCAGAAAGACGACCGAGCUUUUGCUGAACUCCUGAACCGCCUUAGAGUGAAGCAAAAGCAAGAUCUUCUCAGCAACGAAGACAGAGAGUUGCUCACGCAGGCAGUAGCAGGCAUCCAGGAUUGUCCAGCUGACAGGUUACACAUCUACGCUACUAACAAAGAAGUCGACCUUCACAAUGCCCAAACUGUAGCCACCCUCCACAAGGAUUUUGUAAACAUUGACGCUCACAAUUACAGAAAAGACCCCAGAUCAGGCUGCAUGAUGAUCAUGCCCGAAAAAAUCCAGGGAAGCAAAAGAGACUUGCCUGACAAUAUAAUGGCUGCUCAAGGAGUACGCAUUAUGUUAAUCAGGAAUCUCGACGUGGAGGAUGGGAUUGUUAACGGCACAUUUGGAACAAUCUCACACAGCAAUAUCUUAGACACUGAGAAUGAUGAGAAGGACAGUGCCAGUGUACUAAAGACAGGAAGGAAGGAGACAGGCAGCUGCAGCAGCUUUCUCAGUGCCACAGUUCGAGAACCAGAGGAUGCAGAUAGGGACAGCAGUGUCAGAGAGGAAGCUGAAUCCCAAAGGGCGAGAUCCAGGAAGAAGACCACCAGAAGACCGCAGUGGAUCUCUCCACCAUUGAAAUAUCUUUGAAAUCUGGGAAAAACGGCAAAGGAUCCAGGCAGAAGAACUGACGUGGACCACAGCAGAUUUUCAGAGGACUUCACUG